CCUCCAUCUCCAAUCACUGCCUGCCGAGCGAAUAGUGGGAAAUUUCUCUGCAUCUAAGAUCGUUGUCGAGUGGUGGUGUGAAGAAUAUGGUUAACGUUGAGGUGCAAUCGAGCGUGUCUCGUGUUUCGAUUCCUGAUUCAAAUUACUCCGAGUCAUUCACCGCAGUUGUUUGCCAAGUCAUUGCGAUGAAACGUAUAAUUUGGUGUGACGUUGAAACGAAAUAUGAUCUAUGAAACGGUUUCCUUCCUCGAUGUUUGGCUGUUGGACUGAAAUCUUAGUAUUAUUCCAUCUGGAAUUCUGCUUCCAUAUAUGACAUUAAGGUGUGCUUAAGAACGUGUCUUCCUUGAACUUCUAUCUGGUAGCACAGUUAACAAAAUGGAGACUUCAAUACGGGAAAAGAUACUUAGCUUUGCAGAUGUUAUAAUGAGAGUACCACCUUUAUUUAUCAUCGAUGAGAUACUUAGAAUUGAUUUGGGCUUACCCAACAAUAACAUCAUCUUGAAUAAUCCUGAGAAUGAUUUUAAAACCACCAAUAUACCAGGCACAAUUGUUAAUUCUAUUUCCUCAGUUACAACAGACUCAUUCCUAAUGGAACAAUUUGACUUAGGUCAUUUUGCUUACAAAGCAUAUUUCAUAAUAGUAUUCAAAUUUCUAUGCUGUUGUCUCGGAUUUACUGCAGCCUUAUGUACAUUUAUGCUAUGGACUAAACAAUUAAUAAUUGUAUAUCUAUAUUUAAUAUCUAUAAGCGUGAUAUUCAUAUCAUAUUGGUCAAAUGUUAGUACAAUGAAAGCAAUCAUAGCUUACAUGAAUGUCCAUGAGCCCACAACCAGCAUUCUUGACAAUAUAUUGAGUCUGAACUUAUCACAUGUUCUGUACAAUGGUCCAGGGUUCCUCAUUAUUCAAAAUUAUAUAUUGCAAUGCUUGCUCGCUAGCAUCUUUUGUUAUAUACAUCUCGCUCCAAGGCAUCCUGUAGUUCAAAAACUUCUUGUGCUGAGUUUUAUGGCACCAUCCAUUUUGGGUAUACAUCCUUUGCCGGUACAAUAUUUGUAUCAUGCUCCAGUAUGCGCAACUCUCAUCCCACUGGCUGUGUGUAAAUUCAUCAUCUGGUAUAAUGGUAUUACAAUGUUCAAAACAAUUUACACAGGGUGCCAACAUGUGCGCAGCUUUAUACUCAAUUACGGCUUUUCUGCUCUCGCGGAAACGGAAUGGAUACGUCUGAACGUACCGUGUGUACUCCGUACAUUUUGGAUACUUCGAGUAGGAGAACAAAUUGUACAAAUUCUCGGAAAUCACUACAGUGAAGAAACGUUUAAUUAUUACGUCAUGAUCAGGACAUUGCUAGUAAACGGUUGCGAGACUUUGACUGCUGUUCUCGGCAUGACCAGCAUAAUAUCGUUCAUCUGUCACUAUAUCGGCUGCUUCUUCCAGUGGGUAUUGUUAACAGAAGAUGAAGAUGAGAAGAGCAUUGGCACUGUAUCUGCGAUAUUAUUUUACAUUCUCGCACUGCAGACAGGUCUGACGAGUCUCGACCGAGAAAAGCGUUUAGUACGACUUUGUCGUAAUUUCUGCCUGCUAUUUACGGCGAUCUUGCAUUUUGUGCACAACAUAGUGAAUCCGCUAUUGAUGUCGCUCAGUGCUUCUCACAACCCAAUUUUACAUAGACAUUUACGGGCUCUGGCGGUUUGUGCUUUUCUAAUCCUUUUCCCGGUGUCGUUACUCAUAUUUCUCUGGUCUCACUUUACAGUGAGUACAUGGUUACUGGCUGUAUCGGUCUUCAGCAUCGAAGUAAUAGUUAAAGUGCUAGUUUCGCUCGCGAUAUAUUCGCUAUUCCUGAUUGACGCUUACAGAAGUGCGUUCUGGGAACAAUUCGACGACUGUGUAUAUAUCAUCAGAUCGUUUGGUAAUACCGUUGAAUUCACCUUUGGCAUAAUACUGUUCUUUAACGGCUUCUGGAUACUGGUCUUCGAGUCUGGUGGAGCUAUUCGAGCAAUUAUGAUGUGCAUACACGCAUACUUUAAUAUUUGGUGUGAAGCGAAAGCUGGAUGGAGUGUGUUUAUGAAACGGCGAACGGCUGUGAACAAGAUUAAUUCUUUACCGGAAGCGAGCAUCGAGCAGCUUCGACAAUUGAAUGACGUAUGUGCAAUUUGUUACCAGGAGAUGGAAAACGCUAAGAUUACUCAGUGCAAUCAUUAUUUCCACGGUGUAUGCCUGCGAAAGUGGUUAUACGUUCAAGACCGAUGUCCACUCUGUCACGAUAUAUUGUACACCGUGGAGAACGCGCAAAAUAGAGAGGACGGUAAUCCUGCAAUUGAAGAGAACGAUAUGGAAGACAAUGUGCUUGGGCAAGUUGAACAAAAUUUUCACGCUCUGUUUGGUCCAGAUAAUCCGCAACAGGAUCCGAAUGAAGACAGGUGAAACGGCAUGUAGCAUGUGAUAUAAUAGAACCUGGACAUUGAAUAAACGAACUCACACAACUUAAAUCAUGAAGUGUCAGUGUCUAGAAUCUCGCUCAAAAAUUUCGCUCUUUGUAAUUGCCCGGACUCUGUUGUAAUGACGUCUCGUAAACUUGUAUGUAACUUAUUAUAUACAAAAUCGAACUUUUCGUUCAUUUUUUUGUAAAAUAAGCGGGUUAGUGCAAUUUGGAAAAGAAAUUAUACACGACGAUUGUUGUACAAUGAGGGGACGUUUCGCAUAUAAUUUUAAAACAUAAUUUGGCUCAACUGACGCUGAUUAGAAACAUACUUUUGAAUUAUUGUUAUAAUCUUCAUACGCUGUGUAACGCAAUGUUACGAGCUUCUGUGUACAUAUAACAUAACACAUAUACAUGUAUACGUACAUACAUAUAU